AUGGGCUUCCCAGCCAGGCUCCUGGUCCUGUUGUCCAUCGGGGCCCUGCUGUACCAGCCGAUAACCCGCGGGGACUCAGCCAAGAUGAACACGGCCAUGGACGGCUGCCUGCGGCACUGGAUCUGGCUGAACCAGAGCACAACCUGGCGGGAAGGCGCCGCCCUGCAGGCGAAGGCCAAACCCUGCUUCAGCGCCCUGCGGCCCGGCAGCUUCUUCCCCGGGGCCGGGCUGGCCAGCUUCCGCCCAGCAGACCUGGCUGGCGGUGCUGCGCCCCCCAACGGAAGCUGGGGGCUGCAGGUGGAGCUGGGGCUCCGGGCCUCCCGGCAGACAGGGCUGGUGCUGGCUGUGGGGGCCCCAGACGGGAGCCUGGCACUGACCCUGGCCCUGCAGCCCACGGCCCUGGUGGCGCGUCUGGGUAAUCGGACCGAGCUGCAGCUGCCCCUGCCGGAGGGGCCCUGCCUGGACGCCCCCCUGCGCCUGCGGGUCUCCCCCACCCAGCUGGCCCUGCAGCUGGGCAACCACGGGGACACCCUGCCUAGCCAGCCCCCUGACUUCCAGUGGCUGCAGGAGGCCUGGCUGGGCCAGGAUGGGCGGCUCUUCAUUGGCGGGCUGCCAGAAGGAGGUGAGACCCCCAGGCCCCAGGAGUGGGGGGCCUUCCGGGGCUGCCUGCGGGGGAUCCAGGUGCAAGGCCACCAGCUGGACCUGGACUCGGCCCUGUUCAGGAGCGACACCAUCUGGGCCCACAGCUGCCCCGGCGGCCACGAGGGGGCGGGAGGGGGGAGCUGAGCUGGGGGCAACGGUGCUGCUUAAAGGGUCUGCCGGGCGACGCCCCCUCCCUCGUUACCUGGCCACCACCACCGGUGGUGGGACGGUGUAUGUGGCCGGGGGUGUAGGAGUGGUGGUGACCUGUGAUGGU